AUGGCCGACGAUGCAUCGUUCAGGCCGGCUCUCAUCGUCGUCGACUUUCAAGAAGACUUCUGCCCCCCUAGUGGACAUGGAGCUCACCAAGACGGCCGACGGCCGCGUCAGAACGGCUCCCUCGCCGUCCCGGAUGGACGCUCCAUCGCGCCCCAGAUCAACGAGCUCCUGACGUGCCCCUUCGCCGUCAAGAUCGCCACCCGCGACUGGCACCCGCCCAACCACAUCUCCUUCGCGCCCAACCAUCCUCCGGCCUCGACGACCGUCACCGUCCGUCACCCGACCGAGCCGCACCGCGAGUACUCGACGGCCCUCUGGCCUGUCCAUUGCGUCCAAUCCACGCCCGGCGCCGAGCUCGUGCCGGAGCUCGACGCGGCCCUCCUCCACGAUGUCGUCGACAAAGGCACCGACCCCCGCUUCGAGAUGUACUCGGCCUUUUACGACCCCUUCACCAUCUCCGACACGGGCUUGACCGACAGGUUGAAGGCGGAGCGUAUCACCGACGUCUUCGUCGUCGGCCUCGCCGCCGACUUUUGCGUCCGUGCCACGGCCGAGCACGCGCGGGACGAGGGCUUCCGCUCGCACAUCAUCGAGCAAGCGACGAGGCCUGUCGUCCCUGACAAGUGGCCCGAAUGCAGGCGGGACAUCCUGGCCAAGGGCGUCCUCAUCGUGUCCGCCCAAGGCCCCGAGGUGUCGAGGGUCAGGUCGUUGGCGGUGGCGUAG